AUGGCCGCAGCCAAAGCCGUGAGCGGCUUUCAUCAAGACCACUGGCCUUCGCUGCCACCAGGUCCCGCAGAAGCUACUCCAAGCGGAGCCUUGGAGGGCAAGGCCGGCACCAUUACCUCCAACGAGUGGAGCUCUCCCAACUCCCCCGAGGGGAGCAACGUCUCUGGGGGCAGCCAGGCCUUGGACAAGCCCAUCGACAAUGACGCGGAGGGUGUGUGGAGCCCCGACAUCGAGCAGAGCUUCCAGGAGGCCCUGGCCAUCUACCCGCCCUGCGGCCGCCGCAAGAUCAUCCUGUCCGACGAGGGCAAGAUGUACGGUCGGAACGAGCUGAUUGCCCGAUACAUCAAGCUCCGGACAGGGAAAACCCGUACCAGGAAGCAGGUCUCCAGCCACAUCCAGGUGCUGGCUCGUCGCAAAGCCCGCGAGAUCCAAGCCAAACUGAAGGACCAGGCAGCGAAGGACAAGGCCCUGCAGAGCAUGGCUACCAUGUCAUCGGCCCAGAUCAUUUCCGCCUCCGCCUUCCACAGUAAAAUGGCCCUGGCCCGGGGCCCCGGCUACGCAGCUGUCUCAGGGUUUUGGCAGGGAAAUUUGCCGGGACAAGCCGGAACAUCCCACGAUGUGAAACCUUUCUCCCCGCAAUCCUACGCCGCCGUCCAGCCCUCCCUGCCGCUGCCAGGAGCUGCCCCGUCCCCACCGGCGCCCCCGUGGCAGGGCCGCAGCGUGGCCAGCUCCAAGCUGUGGAUGUUGGAGUUCUCCGCCUUCCUGGAGCAGCAGGACCCCGAUGCAUACAACAAGCACCUUUUCGUGCACAUCGGCCAGUCCAGCCCCAGCUACAGUGACCCCUACCUCGAGGCCGUGGACAUCCGCCAGAUCUACGACAAAUUCCCGGAGAAGAAGGGAGGGCUCAAGGAGCUCUUUGAACGGGGUCCCACCAACGCCUUCUUCCUCGUGAAGUUCUGGGCAGACCUCAACACCAACAUGGAGGACGAAGGCAACUCCUUCUAUGGGGUGUCCAGCCAGUACGAGAGCCCAGAGAACAUGAUCAUCACCUGCUCCACCAAGGUCUGCUCCUUUGGCAAGCAGGUGGUGGAGAAAGUGGAGACCGAGUACGCGCGUUAUGAGAACGGCCACUACUCCUACCGCAUCCACCGGUCGCCGCUGUGUGAGUACAUGAUCAACUUCAUCCACAAGCUGAAGCACCUGCCGGAGAAGUACAUGAUGAACAGCGUGCUGGAGAACUUCACCAUCCUGCAGGUGGUCACCAACAGAGACACGCAGGAGACUCUCCUGUGCAUCGCCUACGUCUUCGAGGUGUCCGCCAGCGAGCAUGGGGCCCAGCAUCACAUCUACCGGCUGGUGAAGGAAUGAGAGACUCGGGGAGCA